AUGGGCAACGAUUCGCAGUCGCAAGCAGCAAAGCUCUCGCCCCAGGGCCAUCGUCUCCCGCGCAGAUCCCCCAGUACGCGCCUGAGCCCGCCCAGGAAGCCGGCGCUCGCUCAGAACGAUGGCGACGACGAUGGCGACACCGGGUCGUCCGUGUUCCUUCGGCGAAACUCGUCCGACGAAAGCCACAAAACCAGCCAGAGCGACCCUCGGGUUUGGUUCGACCAGUCAAAUAAGAACCCGGCCAUAGACAUGAACUCGAUGGAAGUGGACUCGCCAUACUAUCAGAAACGGCCAGCCUCUCUUCGGGAUGACUACUUUGAUGGCGGCAUGCCUCCUCGGGCCGCCUUCCCCGACAACGCCGGCGUGCCUUCCUUGCGGCCUACAGUCACCCAAAGCAGCAGCGUAGACGAGUUUCGGAGCGUCAUCGACGAUUUGACUAUCGAAAACAAACGGUUGAAGGAUGAGCUCAAGCGCUACAAACAAUUCGGUACGGACCUCAUGAGGAAGGACAGGCUUUUUGAGAUCAAAAUGCACGGUCUGUCGAGCAAGAAGAAGAGGGAGCUCGAGGCCACGCUUCGAGACUUCGCUUCCACGCUUGAGGGCUCGACCGAGACCUCGACGCGUCACAAGAAAACCAAGUCUGGAAGCCGUUUCAACAAAUCUUCUGGGGGCACUACUUCGAAGCAUGCCUCGUCCUCUUCAUCAAACUCUCGUCCGGUCGACUCUGCGUAUGCCUCCAUGUCAACAGGGCCUAGCACGGUUCAAAACUCGCACACGUCUGCGUCCUUGGCGCAGAGACCCAAUGCAUCGCAACGAUCCAAUGCGCAGAAGGUACAAAGCUACCUCGAGGACAUACCCGAGGGUCUUUACCCACGGUACCUAUCCAUGACGGAAAAGGACAAGCAAAAACUAGUGGUCAGGCGCCUCGAGCAACUCUUUACUGGGGAGAUGAACGGCCCGGCCAUUGGCGUUUCGGACAGGGCGGGGCGACAGCAUGAGCCGGCGCUCGACGCCGGGAGGACUUCCGACAUGGUUCGCGAGGCGCUGAUACAGGUCCGCAAGAAAUCGUCCCGCGAGAUUGGAUCCUCCAACUCGAACGGCGACGCAGGAAGCGGGAGCGGGGGUGGCCAUGGAGCAAGUGGAGGCGGGAGUGGGAACGGCAGCAGAGACUCGCCCCAGGGGCCAAGCACAGCAUCCGAACAACGGCCAACCAGGCCUCUCGAUCUUGAUCCCGAUCGCGUCCAGGUGCCGUCGGAGAACAUAAACUACAUCCGGCAUCUGGGCAUGGUGCCGCCCCAACUUGAUGCUGGAACCAAGACCAGCAUGAAGAACGUCUCCGCGGACGCCGACGGCUGGGUAUACAUGAACCUUCUAUGUAACCUGGCUCAGCUGCACAUCAUCAACGUCACCCCCGCUUUCAUCCGGGCCGCUGUUUCCGAGAAGAGCACGAAAUUCCAACUGUCACCCGACGGCCACAAGAUCAGGUGGCGUGGCGGGACAGACGGGACGAGAUUUAGCAGCGACAGCGGCAACACAUCCUCGAGAGACAGAUCGUCGGACGGAGAUGACAGCUCCGACAAAAGUGCAGGCCUCCACGGCCAAAAGCGGAAAUUCCUGGCUGUGGGCGACAAUGGAUCUGGACCGACGUCCAACAAGGCUGCCAGGUCGUCCGCGAGCGUACACUACAAGCCCCUGUUCGUCCAGCAGUCGUCGUUUGAGACAUCUGGGGAGAUGUCAAGCUCGCAGGCAUCAGGCCCCGAGGACAGCAAUUUUGGAAACACUUCAAAAUGGGACUACAGCGGUUCGGGGUCAUCGCCGCGCAAGAAGCGUCGGGUCGACGGUGCCAUCGUUUACUACAGCGGUAUGCCCUUCUGUACCGACCUCUCUGGAGAUCCCGGCGAUAUUUCACCCACGACGUACAUGACUUCGACAAACAGGGAGACGAACUCGCCCGAGACCGCCCCCAGGGUGUUCCGGACAUUGUCAGGGUCAUCGCUUCCAUAUCGCCCCCUGAGCAACACCCAGGCCUACACCAAGCUCACCGAGGAAGUGGAGGAUCAAGCCUUUUCACAGGACCAUCUCAGCAGCGAUGGGUCUGAGGACGAUUUCGUAUGGCAUGCUUCGUCAAUCAAAGCCGAAUUGGAGGCGGCGCCACUUGAAAUGGAAGCCUGCGGCCUCGGCGGCGUGCAGCCGGAUGACCACUUUCUUGUCGUGGUUCUCACCCGCCGCCAUCAUGACCUGGAUUCACAACGACACGAGGCGCGGCCGCAUGCCUUCCGAGAGCGAUCCGACAGCACGACGGCGACUAUACUGGACCGGUUCAAAUUGCUGAAGGCCGCAUCACCAGGGCCCAUGACGCCGAACCGCUGUCUCGAGCCCGCCAAGUACAUCGAAUACACGUCGACGCAGGUGAAGAUGCUGGACCCUGCUCCGUUGCCACCACCAGCCAUGUUCAUGCCGCCGUUCAGCACGUGCUCCUCAGACAAUGCGGAAGUCGAAUCAGAGAGCGAGCUUCUGGACUCUGAGGAGCCGGAUGCCCUUCCAAGUGGGCUAUUAUUCCUUCCAUCUGAGAGGCCUGACCUCAUGCGCGCAGAUUCUAAUCUAGCAUAUCCAGAUGGUGGUGAAAUUUCCCCCAGCGACGAGGAGGGCGAAGACUCUGAGAACCCGGGCGACGGCAUGUAUAUCGACAGUCACAAGGUUGGCGUCUCGUCGCGGAAACGAAGGCCAUCCAAAGGCCAUGGUGACGUGCACUUGGGUAAACCUGCGGCGAGACGGUCAAGUUUGACGAGCGACUCUCGCAAGGCAACAGGCGAUGCCAGGACUCAGAGCUCAGUUGCGACGGCAGGAGGCGCCGAGAGCGGUUACGACAGCAGCAUGGAAGAAUGA